AUGGGUGAUCCCGCAUCCCGCAUCCCGCAUCGGCCGCGAACCUGUCGCCGUGAAGCGGUCGCUCGCGAAAUCGAACGUGUUGGGCCACACGUACGCCGGCGUGUCGGCUGCUUCACCGUUCAGUUGCUUUACGGACGGUCGGCUGAACAUCCUGAUAGAUGCCGUGCGAUGCUCGUUGGUACAUGUCUGGAGCUCAACGGUUCGCGUUCACCCGUUGUGCGCUCCUGGUGCGACGAGAUGAGUAAAAAGAAACGUCCCGUUGGCUCGGUGGACGCGGCACGGCUCGGCUUCGUCCCGUCUUCUGCGCAAACAAAUGUCCCUGCCUCGCCCACGGUUGCUCCUGUACAACGGGGCCCGUCGUCUCUUUGGCAAUACGCAGUACUUCGUACGGGUACUUCGCUCGCACGAGCUCACGACCGUGAAGCCGUGCGUCCCGCCAGCAUCUGGCGACCCCAUGUUCGAUGCAACGCUGCUGCGCAGCGCCUUUCGGGGCCCUGGCCCUCCGACACAAAACAACUCAAUCUCGUCUCAUCGUCGCGUCGCACAACGGCUAUUUGUGAUACCUAUCCGACAGGGUGUACCCGGUAUGUCGCCUGCCCGGCACAUCGGUCAGUUGGUGCAAAGGUGCUCGUACAGGAGCUUUUAAGCGCCCAAAGCCUUGGCAGUCCUCUCCACGACCGCGCUGUCGUCUGGUCUGUCACCAACACGCCUGCUACGGGAUCAGCGCUCUCCCCCUCCUCUGACUUGGCUAAUAUGUCCGUGACGAACCUCAUUGGCGGCUGUUUCGCAGAUAUUGCGGGCCUUUGGUGA